AUGUAUUGUUUCCAAAAUCAAGACGCAAAUGCAUUGUUUCAGGUAUCUAUGGAAAUUGGCGGUUUACAGAAGCACAGAAACCGCUGUUGCCAGCCGCGGAGUACGUUGAUGUGUGAAUGCAUGGAAACUGCUGUUGCAUUCCGCAGUUUCUGCAUGAAUCUGUCUGGUCAUAAACCGCUACUGCCAGUAGCGGUUUAUGUGUAUUCUGGUGUGAGAUAUGAGACCUUUGUGAUAGGGUCGGAUGAAGACAUGCAGGUCUUGUUUCACUGCAGGCGUAGUUUUCCGGAAGUGAGGAUACCUGAGCUGUUUGCGAAGUUGAAAGAUGGUGUCGACAGCUCUGGGGCAUCGGCACUGAAUCCUCAGUCAACCACGAUCGGUGGUGCCUCGACAUCGAUGUCUGUGGUAGCAGCUGCAGUUCUAAUUCCUGAGCCCGAACGUGCUGGGGCUGUCCAUACUAGUGUGCCUCCUGUUGUGCCUGAUUUUGAAUUUGAGGUCGGACCAGAUCGAGUUGAGAAUGCGUUGCGUGACGAUGAUUCGGAUGAGGAGCCAGUCGAUAUUGGUGGGGACAAUGAUGAUGAUAUUCCAAGAGGUACAUGUACAGCACAUGGAGGUUCUGGUUCUGGAACACAAGAGUACCCUCCACACCUAUCGUCCUUGAACUUGGAAGCCAUCGGCCAACACCAGAAUAUAGAGACAACCUUCGUGGGACAGGGUAUGCAUGAUGGGAAUCCUUUGAUGGAAUUUCAGAUUGGCCAAUCAUUCCAGAGUAAGGAGGAAGCCAUGCUGAUAGUUGAUGCGUCGGUGUCAAUUAAGGUGCUGCAAGAGGCAACGGAGGCGACAUACGGUUUUAGGCCCAGUUAUCGGAAGGUGUGGUUGGCGAAGCAGAAGGCAGUAACACAUAUCUAUGGCGACUGGGAGGAGUCAUAUGGGGAUCUGCCCCGCUGGAUCCUUGGGAUUAAAUCCACCAUGGAUGGUUCCGUUGCUUUGCUGAACCUAAACCUCUCGUGGAACCAUGUAAAGUGUACCGUCAUCUGCUUGACCUUAUUCGGUGGUGGCAGCUCACCGAAUAGGUCCUAA